AUGUGUCCUCGCAUAUACGUGUACGACAAGAGCGAGAAAAGUAUUGGCACUUCAGACUUCGCUGCCGAAUUUCGCACGCUCUUGCAUCCAUCGCUCGAGUACGAGCUGUUCCAUCGGACUAACGUAGGCUUUGAGGGUGAGAGCUACCUCCAUCACAUCACCAGUCGAUGGGAGAAUCUUGCUCACCACACCCUUUUCACCCAGGCUCAUGUGCACGAUCAGUGGCAAGCUCUACGCCGUGUUCAGGACUUCCUUGUACCAGACACCGGCUUCCUCUCUCUCGCAUACCCUGGUAAGACAUGCCCUCGUGGCCGUGACUGCCACGAUACCGGUGAUUGGGAGGAAAGCGCCGCUGUUCUGGAGCGCGUCGACUCCAUGACUAACGCAAGCUCGGUUAGUGAGAACCUCGUCUUGACGUAUAGAGGACAAUUCAUUGUCUCGGCGGCCCGCAUCCAUGCGAACGAUAAGAAUAUGUACGACAGCCUUCGUCAAUGGCUGCUUGCAUCAGAGGCAGGGAGGAAAAUGGCAAUGUCGUCGACCGUAACUUCCGAAAACGGAAGAGAAUACCCCCGCAGCACUGCCGGCUUCGGUUACACUCUCGAGCGCAUGUGGGGAGCUAUCUUCGAUUGCUCUGAGUUCAAGGUCGCACUGCACUGUCCCAGUCUCUUGAGUGGCAUGCUGGGACGCAGAGUGUCAGUCGACAGUUGUCAGUGCCUGGACCGGACUUAA